UUUUGCUUCUUAUUCUUUUGUGAUUAGUUUCUCUGCUCUCAUCAGCUGGGUAAGGCGUACAGUUGCCGCGUCGAGACUUUCCACAUGUACAUAACGCAUUUUCAACUUCAUUUGACAAAUCUAAUUUUCAAUUAUCUGAAAGAGAACCUGAAAAUUGAACCGUGACAGUUUGAUACGUGAAUAGCAGUCACACAUGCCGUGAUUGGUGCAUAAAAGAGAAGACUAAAAUGUUGAUGCACCCUUCAUCGGUUGUCUAUCCAUCCCAAAACAACUUUUUGACAAACAGGUGAAGAUGGAUGAUGAUGCGGACCUCAGGGAACAGCUGUUUCACAACACCGUCCGGGAGAAUAUUAUAUAUCUACUCCUCUUUCUGCUGCUGUACACGUCAAGUUACGCGCUGAUUGCCAGAUUCAGGAGAAAUGAUCGCGAGGACUAUCUCUCGGUCGACGAAGAUGAGGCGAUGGUCUACCGAAUCAGUCUCUGGCUGUGUUCUGUCUCCCUGGCUGUGUCAAUCGGGGCUACAUUAUUGCUGCCUCUCUCCAUUGCAAGCAAUGAGGUUCUCAUCCUCUACCCCAACAGCUACUAUGUCAAGUGGCUCAACAGCUCUCUCAUUCAAGGAUUAUGGAAUCACGUUUUCCUAUUUUCGAACCUCUCCCUUUUCGUUUUCCUCCCAUUCGCCUACCUUUUCACCGAAUCGGAAGGAUUCGCCGGAUAUAAAAAGGGAAUCAUGUCUCGAGUUUACGAAACUGUGACAGUUUUGUGCUUACUAGGAAUGCUAGUACUAGGAAUGACUUAUGUUAUGUCCUCUCUUAUCGACUAUCAAAAGUCGAACCUUCACACGCUACUCAAUUUAUGGAGUUAUUACUUACCAUUUUUGUAUUCGUGCGUUUCUUUCGUGGGAGUAGUUAUGUUAUUGCUGUGCACGCCAGUUGGAUUUGUUCGGCUCUUUGGAGUCGUCGGUUCUUUCCUAGUCAAGCCGCAGUUUUUAAAAAAUCUUGACGAAGAAUUUUUCGCCUACAGUUUAGAGGAGGACUGCAUAAAAAGGAGACUCGAGCACGCGAAAGCAACUGGCAAAUCUUAUGUUUCGCCAGUGCCAAUGUCGCCUCCAGGUUGCGAUAUGGUCGCACAUGACGAGGAGGAGCUUCUUUGUCCAAAUCCCGGACUUAUGAGCCUCCGGAAUGGUGCUCUGCAAAGAGGUCUUACCCAAAGAUUAGAAGAUGUCCAAAAGCGCAGAAAACUGCUUGACAAACAGAGAAGAACUUGGUGGGUUCGAAGAACGCUUGUUUAUCCUCUGGCGAUGUUGGCUCUACUCGUUCUCUCGACAACCACGUCAUUACUCGCUGUUCAAAACACACUACAGCUGCUCAUCGGAAUUAAAGCUCUCCCAUUGAGUACAAGGCAAUUCACACUUGGUAUUAGUUCGCUCUCGAAACUUGGCCCAAUCGGAGCGGCGAUUGAAGUGAUUGUCAUUUUAUAUCUGGCCGCCACAAGUGCUAUCGGAUUGUACUCACUUCCGGGUAUCAAAAGGGUGCGUCCUCGACUUCAUUCCACUCCGCUCACUGAUCUUAUAGCCAACUGCGUCCUUCUACUUGUGCUCAGCUCUGCUUUGCCGCUCCUCUCACGAAUAAUAGGUAUGACGAACUUUGACUUGUUAGGCGACUUUGGUAGUAUCGAGUGGCUCGGAAAUUUCAAGCUUGUGUUGUUAUACAACUUAAUUUUUGCUACCGCCACCAUCGGUUGCUUAACAACCAAAUUUACGGCGACAGUUCGCAAAGAAAUCUACGCGAGGCUACGAAGCAGUGUGCUUGGAAUUUUUAGGCGCGACACGAGAAAGAACAACGCGGGAAUGUUUUCUACAAAAGAAGAUUAGACUGAUUUUAUAAUACAAGCGAAUAAAAGAUAGUGUACUUGAAAACUAAGCAUCAAGGCGAGUAAAUUAUAUUUUUCAAUGAAUCGUGGCUUGUAGUUGGCUACGCACGCGUUUUUGUUUUUUGUUUUUCGUUUUUCGUUUUUUUUUGUUUUUUUUUUUUAAUAAAAUGCCAAGGCA